UAGCUCAGAGCCUACUGAAUCAAGCAAUUUAGCAGGCAAUAAGUGCCUGCCGUGAAUUCCACGGAAGAACAAAUUAGACCCACAACUGCAAUCACAAGCUCGACUCCAUUAGUUGCUGUAGAAUCUUCGCCUUGGCUUCUCUUUGGCCCCAGCGUACCGCCUACUGGCCCCUGGAGUUUUGUCUGAAAGAAACCCCAUCAAACCAUCAUCCCCGCUGCUUAAUCUACACCCUCACUUAAACCCUGAAAUUAUCUCCAGCAGAAGAGCAUUCAGAACAGUGUCUGCUUAUUCAAAAACUCGAAUUUUUUGUAUUCAAACUUGUGCUUAUGUCCAGAGGAACAAUAUUCUGAAAUUGGUAGCGCAAAUGGGAAGUUCGAUACAGUUGGUCUUUGGGGCGGUGCCCUGCCACUAUACUACUACAAAGUCAUAUUUUACAAGAUCAAGUUCAUAUUUUUCAGUCAAGAACUAUGUGAAAGGCAAAUGGGAUAAGGAUAUUCUGUGUGAACAGCUAAAGGGUCCUGUAGAUUUUCAAGGAUGCUUGAGGGUCCAAGGACGUGGUGCCAUCAGCAGAUUAUACAGUGUGGGGAAACUUAAUAGGCGUUUGGAGACUUUAAGUUGUAAAUGCCAGAGGACUGAGAGUGUUAGUCAGGCAAUCGUUGAGGUUGGAAGCGGGAAAUCAAUGAAUGGCAUGUCGGAGCCUUCGAGUUUGCAAAGUUUGGAAGGGCCUAAACUGCUGAAUAAUGAGAAGACAGUGAUUACUUCUGAUGAUGAAAUUGCUGCAGCUUCGGAAAUGAGUGACACGUUGCAGGGUUUUGGAAUUAAUUCUAUUGAGGAUGAAGCAUGGAACUUGUUGCGAGCAUCCAUUGUGUAUUAUUGUGGUAAUCCUAUAGGAACAAUUGCUGCAAAUGAUCCGAGUGCUGCUAACAUUCUCAACUAUGAUCAGAUAUUUAUCAGGGACUUCAUACCUUCUGGGAUGGCUUUUCUGCUUAAAGGAGAGUAUGAUAUUGUUCGGAAUUUCAUUCUUCACACCCUUCAGUUGCAGAGUUGGGAGAAAACUAUGGAUUGUCAUAGUCCAGGUCAAGGAUUGAUGCCUGCCAGCUUUAAAGUGCGUACUGUUCCACUUGAUGGUGAUGAUUCUGCAACAGAAGAGGUCUUGGACCCAGAUUUUGGAGAGGCAGCAAUUGGUCGGGUAGCACCAGUUGACUCUGGACUGUGGUGGAUCAUAUUGCUACGAGCUUAUGGGAAGUUUUCUGGUGAUCUUUCAGUUCAGGAGCGAGUUGAUGUUCAAACAGGGAUUAAGAUGAUUUUGAAGCUAUGUCUUGCAGAUGGUUUUGACAUGUUUCCUACUUUGUUAGUUACUGAUGGUUCUUGCAUGAUAGAUCGCCGCAUGGGAAUUCAUGGCCAUCCUCUGGAAAUUCAGGCAUUGUUCUAUUCUGCCUUACUUUGUGCUCGUGAGAUGCUUGUUCCUGAGGAAGCAUCAGCUGACCUUAUUAGAGCACUCAAUAAUCGUCUCGUAGCAUUAUCGUUUCACAUCAGAGAGUAUUAUUGGAUCGAUAUGAGGAAACUCAAUGAAAUAUAUCGCUAUACGACUGAAGAAUACUCUUAUGAUGCAGUUAACAAGUUCAACAUAUACCCUGAUCAGAUACCUCCAUGGUUGGUGGAAUGGAUGCCCACCACAGGAGGCUAUUUCAUUGGAAACCUGCAGCCAGCUCACAUGGAUUUUCGUUUCUUCUCUCUUGGAAAUUUGUGGUCUAUUAUUAGUAGUCUCGCCACCACUGACCAGUCGCAUGCCAUACUAGAUCUUAUUGAAGCCAAAUGGGAAGAUAUUGUAGCUAAUAUGCCAUUAAAGAUAUGUUACCCAGCUCUUGAGGGCGAGGAGUGGCAAAUAAUUACGGGCUAUGAUCCAAAGAACACGCCUUGGUCUUACCACAAUGCAGGUGCAUGGCCGACACUGCUCUGGCAGUUGACCGUUGCAUGCAUAAAGAUGAAUCGGCCAGAGAUUGCUGAAAAUGCUAUCAAAGUUGCCGAGAGACGGAUAGCAAGAGACAAGUGGCCCGAAUAUUAUGACACCAAGGGAGCAAGAUUUAUUGGUAAACAGGCACGACUCUUUCAAACCUGGUCUAUUGCUGGAUAUCUCGUCGCAAAGCUCCUUAUUUCCAAUCCGAAGGCAGCAAAGAAGCUGAUCAACGUAGAAGAUUCGGAAUUGGUAAAUGCACUCUCAAAUGCGCUUAGUGCUAAUCCAAAGAAGCGUCCAAGGAGAAAAUUGAAGCAGAGUUACAUCAUAUGAUUUAGCUCCCCAAGGACCAUACAACUUCGUAAUUUGAGAAGAGUUUUGAUAUGCCGAAAGCUUAGCCCCCUUUGGUGACAACGAAUCUGUGGCACUCGAGCAAAGCUUUUAUCCUGUGUUAUUACGUAUUCAUGUACAUAACAGUCUUAACAAGUAAAAAUCACGGGUCUAUUUGUCCCGCUUGUAUAUAGAUCUCAUCUUUGUGACCAAACCAGUUCAGUUGAUGAAGUGUUUGCUGUAUGACAGAAAAGAAGUCAGCUGAUGCCACAUUAGAGCCAUCCCUACCACGAAGCAUCCAAUUCCCGCAUCCAUUAAGAUGAGCCACAUGAGAUCAUUUAAAGUGGAUUCACAAUUGCAGUUAUUGUUAUAGUUUCCUCAUUUCUUUCUUGGCACAAAUGCUUUCUGUGGCAUUUCCCUGAUACAGGUUGAUUGGAAUUCUACAGAAAAUGACCAAGCAUUCAAGCGU